AUGGAGAUCAGUGGAGGUUGUAUCAAAUGUCCUGAUUGUGUAUGUUUGUGGUUGGCUUUGUAUGCGCAGGCCACUCCGUUCUUUGUGGGACUGAUGCUGCUGGAGCUGGUGGUGGGUGCAAUGAUGACAGGAAGACCGGUCGUGACGCUCAGUGACGGCCUCACCUCCAUUUCUGCUGGAAUGAUCUCUAGAUUGCCCCUGCUGGUGAUGAGAGGCUGUGAGCUGUCGGCUUACAUGUAUGUGUGGAACCACUUCCGCCUGUUGGAGCUACCUUGGGAUUCUGCAUGGACCUGGUGGCUAACCUUCCUUGGAGUGGAUUUCUGCUACUACUGGGUUCAUCGUUUUGCUCACGAGGUGGCCAUCCUUUGGGCUGCUCACCAGGUUCACCACAGUUCGGAGUACUAUAACCUGACCACUGCACUCAGACAGUCGCUCACCCAGCAGUUUACCUCUUGGAUCUUCUACCUUCCUAUGGCUCUAGCUGUUCCUCCAUCUGUCUUCGCUGUUCACAUACAGUUAAACCUUCUUUACCAGUUCUGGAUCCACACUGAGUUAAUCCGAGACCUUGGGCCUUUAGAAUGGGUCUUCAACACCCCUAAACAUCACAGAGUUCAUCAUGGAAGGAACCUGUAUUGCAUCGACAAAAACUAUGGGGGAAUUCUUAUAGUUUGGGAUCGAUUGUUUGGUACCUUUGCUGCAGAAUCGGAUAAAGUCAUAUAUGGCCUGGUGUUUCCCAUCAAGACGUUUGAAAUCCUCCAUGUUCAGUUGCACUACUAUGUAUAUUUAUGGAAGAAAUCCAAAUUUUACAAAGCACUCAGCAACAAAGUGUCAACUUUCAUCAAAGGCCCGAGCUGGAAACCUGGUAAACCUCGUCUUGGUGACCACGUCGACAAUCCCAAGGUAACUGGAAAGGAAGUACCCCAUGAUCCCAACUGGCCACUGUCUUUUCAAGUUUAUGUGACCUUUCAUUUCCUGCUGGUACUGUGGACUUACCAUGAGUUGUUUGAGAGCAAAAUGAUGCUGUCACAGUUAACUCUUUUGGGGAUGACCACCUAUAUUCUGCUCACCCUCACCUCCCUGGGAUUCAUCAUCGAGCAAAGGCCAUCAUCAGCUUUCUUGGAGGCAAUUCGCUGCGUAAUCAUGGUAACAUUGCUGCGGUUCAACUACCUGAGAUCCCCCAUCCCUUUACUGUCUGUCCCCACAGAGGCCUUUGUCUCCCUCUCGCUGCUGUACUGGGCUCUGCAGAGCUUCUCCCAGCUGUUCAGCAUCAAGAAGAAAGCUGACUGAGACACCAGCCUGAUAUAAUCUGAUAGACUGCAGAUAUUUCCAUUUAAAUCAUUUUAUGCUAACAGGUUUUCAUCUACUGCAAUUCUAUUUGUAGUUUUGAUUAUUAGAAAAAAUUGGUUAAUGUUUUUGCUGUAUUUUAACCUUGAAGGCACAGCUGCUUGUUGCAUGUUUAUAAGAAAAGCAUUAAUCUGUAAAUUAACAAAGAUAAAGCCAAUAACUUUGUUAAAUCAUUACUUUAUGUUGUGUUUUUUUUUAUUAUUUUUUCCUAUUAGAAGUGUCAUGUUUAAAACGUCACUGCCAUUAGAGGUGCUAAUUGUUAUAUUUCCAUAUGAGCCACUAAACAACCCAAUACUUCUCAUAAAACAAGUACUGUUCAUUCUAAAGCAUGUUGAUUUUUAAGCUAAAACAAAAUUAUUGCCUAACAUUGUACUGCCAAUGUAAUGUCUGUUUUUCAUUUCUCAUUGAAAUAAAUUACAG